UUCGACAAUCGACUUCGGCAAUAUACUAGAGGUCUACAAUCGCGGGCUUUCAUAGCUAGAAGCACUUCGUGUUAAAAUCCUGGAAGGAUAUCCGCUGUAUAGUUUUCUGAAACAAUGAUCAUGUCAUGUGUUCACUGCAUAGACGGCGCGCACACUCCUACCCCGCUGAAGCCGGACUCUGAAAUGCCAGUACUGCAGGGAACGUUUACGCCGUGCUCGAAGCGCAACCGAGGGCAGCGCAGCAACGGCAAUCGAGGCUGCACGAUAAACAAGAAGAACCACUUCAGUACGUGGUUCAGCUCCAUCUCAGAUCCUUAGUUUCCGCCAUGCGUAACUAUGGUGCAGUUUGCAACAAAGCCACCCUGGAAAACACGCAAUUCAGAUACAUAUGGAGCACUGUACAUCGACAUCUGAAAGAAGAGAAACAAUCAGCAUGUCAUAAAGUGGUUCGUGGUACGUUCAGUGCGGUUGUUGUUGAGCGGAAGUAGAGGCGUGAACAGUUCUGCUGCGGCGCACGUGGGGUUGCGCAACAAUCGGCUACUCAUCGGCGUUUGAUGUGCGUUACUACAGCGGCGACGAGCUGGAGCAAACCAGUCCAAAAAGAAGGUAUUGCAACCAGAUCCCGAAAAGACAGAACGCAAUCCAAAGGAUUCCGCUGCCACACUUUGCGAGCAUUAGCAACGUCUUUUGUGCUGAUCUACCUUGUAAAGCCAAAGGCCGCCCAAUAUGCAAAAAGCUCUUCCUCGUUUCCAUUAAACUGCUAUUCAUCGAAAGCAGUAUUGCGUGGCGCUGGCUGGUCAGGCAGUGUCUCGUUGAACGCCACCGCUGCCCGUCGUCGCAUUUAUUUCCUGCCAGGUAACAAGAUCUGGUGCUUGGCUCAACAUUUUGAAUACCUGUUAGGUCUGGUAGAGAUGAUACUUCCGGUUGGUUUGGCCGCAUAUCUUAUCGUGACAAUAACGACGACGUGGGAAUUAUUGUUCAUCGCGCUCUUCUUCCUUGUGUCUCGGUAUUUGCUGGACGCCUUCAGUGCCCUUUAUCUACCACACGUAGCUGUGUUUAUUGGCCAGAAGCAGUUUUAUCGGGGCACCAAUGAAACGCCUAUUCCAUCAUAACGCGGCCUGUUUGGUAACGCCCCAGUAUAAUGCCGGCGACUUUAGAGGAGCAGGCCGUAGUGGCUCCUCCAGGUGACCAGACGGCCAUGUCGAGCUUGCCGUUUGAAGACACAGCAGCUGGUCGUCAAGGAGAUAGCGUUGUAAAGGGUGCGAAAGACGACACCUCGAAACAACCAACCGCUGUGGCAUACGCGACUGAAGAUCCACCUUUGCCUUCCGAGGUGAAGAUUCUCCGCCAACAGCCGGUUGAAGCGAACGAAACAACAGUCGAGCGAGGGUCCCAAGUCGCGCGCGAAAAGCUGGAAAAACGCGCAGCUGGUGCCAACUGCAUGAUUUUUCUUGUGGUUGUGUGGCUUGUGUGUACGGGGGUUCUUUUGAUUUUUGCUUUCUCGCCCGUGAAUGCUGACCUCGGUAUCACCUCCAUGUUGCUCGGCGUAUUUAUCGGAAUCAUCGGGAUACUGUCAGUGUCAGCGAAGAGCAAGACAGGCGUGCAAUUAUAUCUGGUUCUGGGCACUGUGCUUUUAUUAUUAACAGUUGCACUCUGGGGAUAUUACAUUUACAUUCUUUUUCGCGCAGCCCGAGCAGCAGCUGAUAUAGCAGCGGACCGUGCAUCUCACUGGGUCUCGGAUACACCGCCCGAAUUACUCCCUGAUCGAUAUGGAUCAGGAGCAGCGGAACUCACCUCGAUUGAGGCAGUUGCAAGGCAAGGAGGAUUGCUACCCGAUGUGCCUCUGGACGAAACAGUCGAACCGUGUCGGAAAGGAUUUGAAGAGUACGGCGCCAAUUAUUUCAAAAGUGCGACAUCUGUUUUCCUAGGCCUGUCUACCCGUGGACAGAUGUGCAACUACUCUCACUACGAUAUCCUUGAUUUCAAGAAAUGGCCUGUCAGUUGCUGGCGGACUUGUGGCUUCGACCACUUGGCAGUCGAUCGUGUACUCGACAACACUCGUCUGGAUGAUCAGAAGGUGAUGGCAGACUUCUUGGCCCACUUAGAGUCCCUGUCACCCCAAGAAACAUCUGCUUGUGUUCUGUAUUCAGUUCGGACAGCCUGUGUGGCUGAGAACACGGCAUACCAUUAUAUUCUCCUUGCAGUCAUUGCCUUCUUGAUUUUCUGGACCUGCUGUGCCUGCAUGUGUUGCAUCCCUGCAUCCUUAUGUGUUGCUGGCAAGUAUUUAUCGGAGCUUAAAAGUUACCAGAAGGACAAGGAAGCGGUGGAGCGACACACACCGCCCGGGGCCGACCAGAUCGAACUUGCCGGUGCUUGAGGCCUAUGUAGGAACCAAUUCACAAACUGUUCCCUGGAAGCAAAGCACUUUUGCAAAGUUUUGGGAUGUGGGCUCAGCUACUACCUGGUGGGUGAUUCUCGUGACUUGUUUUUUCAUGGGGGGCGCAGAAACGUCCCUUCAUGGUAGCAGUGAUCGCAUCCGAGAGAGCCUGCUUAUAUUUGCAUGACUCUCGCCACAGCUUCACUGUAGGUGCUUCAUUAGGUAUUUACAACGCGUAGGACGAACAGUGUCGCUACUUGUUUGUACGUUUCCUCAGGCGGUCUUCCGAUCGUGCAUGGAUGGAACGCAUUGCGUUGUUGUCGCUCUCCUUGAGGAGGCGUGUGUAUGUGACUGUCCAAAUUUGCGACGUUUUUAUUCUGCAAAGGAACGCGUCGAGAAGAAGGCACCAUCUGCUUCGAACCCACAUUCCUUGGUGAAUUUAGAUCUCUGCACGGCGCAACUCUUUCAGAUGUGGAUACAUGCAAACAGACGAUGAGGUGCAAGCUCAGUGCGGGACGAUCGCUUGUCUCCAGGGGAUGUGGCAUCAGUCGGCAAGUUCUAACCCAAAUGCAUGGCAUCUGGUUCCUGAUGCCGCAAUGCCGAAACUCCGCUUCCCCAGAUGGCAUUCUGACGACGAUGGUGGAGGACGGAUGCCCCAGCAUGUCUUCUGUGGGUCAUAACCAUUUCCCUCCGGUGCAUGCUGUCAUCAUUACGUUAUUGCUGGAGCGUCUCUAGAUGGAUCGCACGACCUGGAUUAGAGUAGCACACACAUUCCAGCAAGGGAGUUUCAGACGGCAGCAUCGUUGUUUUGCCAUCGUCGCUUUUGAGGCACAGUAACAAAAGAAUUCCGCUGUGCAGAUAAAAAAAAUUGAGGUUCGUUUGGCGGACUUUGCAGAGACAAGACAACUGAAAAUUCAGCUCAGGGGGGAGACAGCAGUGU